ACUAGGCGUUAAGGUUUGAAUUUAAACCGUUUUAUCUCUCAGUGAUGUGAAAAGUGUUAUUCAUCACGAACAGAAAUGUUCAGAAUAUAACUAUGGGAAUUGAGUGUUGUUGGUUCGUUAGUGCUAGUUUAUCCUGACGCGUAAGUUAGCAUUACUGCUAGUAGACUGUAAGGCGAUGGUAAUGGCUGGUUAGCGGUAGGUUCAGAUGAUAGGUGUUCGGUUAGUUGGAGGUGCUGGAGGCUUCUGUACACUUAGAAGAUUGUACAGAUUUAUAUAAAAUAUAUCAGCAAUGGAGGAGGUUGAUAAGAUUUUAAUCCAUUCUCUAAGGCAGACUGGCACAGACAUCGAUGAAGAUGUGCAGAGUGUCAAGCAAUUCACCAGUGAGCUUAUAGUAGAGGCAGUGGUACGAUGCCUACGUGUAAUCGACCCGGCCGUGGGUAGUGGCCUUUCGCCCACGUUGCCGCCUGGCAUGUCUGCCCGCUUUCGACUAGGCAUGAGCCUGGCACAAGCCUGCCAGGACUUGGGUUAUAAGGGAGAGAUCGGGUACCAGACGUUUCUGUACAGUAAUGAGCCAGAGAUUCGGUCUUUGCUCAUGUUCCUGGUGGAGAAGCUGCCCAGAGAGAGCGCAGAGGCAUCAGAUCAGCAAGCAGGGAAGUCUGCUCUUCUGCAAAAAGCCAUUGCAGCCCAGAUUAAAGCUCAGCUGACGUUGCCUUGGCUCCCGCCAUCCUGCAGACUGCCCCUACACCGCAAAACCCAGAGCCCGGGUCCAUGUCACAGUUUUCGUGCCCAGCCGCUGAGUCUCCCAUACCCACUGAAAGCUUCUUCCAAGAAACAGUCUAAAGAGGUGAAAGAGUACUGGAGAGAGUAUUUGUUGCCUGUGACAUCUCAGCCUUCCCAGAGGUUCUCAGUGCCUGCCUCUCUUUUGGAAAAUCAUGUCUCAGAAGUCAGCGCAGCACAGGAGUGGGAAACUGAGUGGAACAGCCAAGGCCUUCUUUCUAGACUCUCUCCUGAGGAUUACCGGUUGAGGAAACGUGCACGGCUGCAGAAACGUAUCGAGGAGCAACUGAGGGCGGCUGCUCAGCCUCGGCACGACUUGCAUGGUACCACUCGUUCAGCGUCUGACCUUUCUGAGCUGCUGAAUUCCUUCGGCGGGAGCACUACAGCGGGAGAUAUUCUGACCAAAGGCACACGCUUUACCCACUCUGAGAAGUUCACCUUUACACAGGAGCCUGAGAAAGCAGCCCAGCAGAUGGCAGCAGCAGCAAGUGCACUUCCCAGCUCUCACCGGUCAGAGGAGGAUCUAAAGGCCCAACAGGAGGCAGAACUCUCCGACCUGCAGCAGCAGCUACAGCAGCUCUCCGUCCAAAUUGAUGAAGUGGGUGGAGACUUCAGGCAACUCACAGUGUCUAUUAACCAGGUAUCAGAUGAGCUAAAACAGAGAGAGCUAAGCAAUUUGGAGAAUGAGGGCACUGUCAAGAUGAAGAAACAGACCAUCGACCUCCUGCCGGAUGCUGAGAACAACUUGAUCAAACUACAGAGUCUGGUGGAGUCAAGUGCCAAGCGGGUUGUUCAUCUGGCCUCACAGUGGGAGAAGCACAGAGCGCCACUUAUUGAGGAACACCGCCGACUCAAAGAGCUCUGCAGUAAUCGGGAGAUGGAGUCCUCCAGAAAGUUAUCAGAAAUUAAGAACCUCCAUGAUAAAAUCCGUCAGUCCGCUGAAGAGGCCAAAAGAAAGGAGAGCUUGUAUAAGCAGUUGAUUGGCGAGUACGAGACGCUGCCUAAGGAUGUAGCUCGCUCAGCCUACACCAUGAGGAUCCUGGAGAUAGUAAGCAACAUUAAGAAGCAGAAGGAGGAAAUCACAAAGAUUUUGUCAGAUACCAAGGGGUUACAGAAAGAGAUUAAUGGAUUAACAGGAAAGCUUGACAGAACGUUUGCUGUAACGGAUGAACUGGUUUUUAAAGAUGCAAAAAAAGACGAGUCAGUUCGUAAAUCUUACAAGUACCUGGCUGCCUUACACGAGAACUGCACCCAACUCAUUCAGACCAUUGAGGACACGGGCACCAUCAUGAGAGAGAUCAGGGACCUGGAGGAACAGACUGAAACUGAGAAUGGUAAAAAGAUGGUGAGUAACCUGGAGAAGAUUCUGGAGGACUAUAAGUCUAUUCGGGAAGAAAACGCUGCCCUGGCUGCUAAGAUCCGAGAAGGUUAGGCUGAAGCCGGAGGCUGUUGCUGGUACUACAGACACUAUGAUCGCCUGCAUUGAUAAAACUAGUGUCACUCCAUCUCCAAGCUGAUGAGCCUCCUUGGAUCUCUGUAUUAAUUCCAUGCAUCUACUACACCGCUUUUGCUGGAGAUGUGGACACAAGACUCUUUUGUAUCAAAAUGACACAACAUUAGUUUGUGAAAAUGUUAGCUUAUCAUUAGCAUCGUUUGAAUGUGUUCUGAUGGCUUUUCCAUUUGGCCUUAACUAUAGCAGGUUUUGCAAUACACAGUGACAGCUCUAUCUUGUAGCUAAAAAGUGUCCGUUAACUGUGACCACUGGUUUUCUAUCGUAUUUUCAUAGGAGUUUGAAAGUUUAAGCAGGACACUGGUUAAACUUUUGCAAUUAUGGAUUUAUUUGUCAGAUUUUAUUUGAGAACACUUGAGGAUCUUGCACAUGAUUUUGAGCUACAAUGUGAAUUUGAAAGCAAAUUGUUUGGUUCUUUUUGAUGGUUGUAUUGAUAAACAGUUAAAUGCAAAAAAAGUAGUGUUUCUUACAUCUUAGACAAGUAUAAAAAUGAAAGCAUAAUAUAUAUUUCCAAUAAUUCCUAUAAAGUAUUAAUUGUAGAUGGAGCCUGUUUGAUUUUAUAGCUACCCAACAAUUGUUGCCAUUCUUUUUUAAUCACAACAUGUCUUAUGUCUAUUUGACAAGUUUCAUGUGCCAGAAAUACGCUGCACUACCUGUGGCCACUCCAAGAAUGAAUGAUUCAGCUAUUUAAAAAAUAAAAAAAGAACUCACCAACUUUUCCAACAUCUAAUGUACAAAACGGUGGCAGUGCUUGUUUUCUGAAACGAAUGACUUAAAAAUACAGCUUCUUUUAUACCA